UAAAAUUAUCUUAAGAAAUUUAAAUGCAGCCCGCAGUAUUCAUGGCGUAUUGGAUAUUGCUUUUUCCCUGGAUUGUUUACCCUUUGGCUUGAAUUAAUAAUUCAGGCUAGAAUCUACAAACUUUUGGUUUUCCAAUUUCUAACCGCAUAAAAAUCUGUGGAGCCAGAUCCGAUUCUAACAAGCAGCAGCGUAUACUACUGUACUUGUUCAUAGCACUUUGUGACGAAACCAUAUGAUACCAGAUUUUUGUUCUUCCAGGAACCCACCAUGUAAAGAUCAAUAGGGCAUUUCCUAAAGGCGUUUACUGAGUUAUCUUGACAACAAUACAUGUACCGCCUAGUGGAAUUAUGGCCUGCCUGGCCACCGAAAUCCUUGCCGGUAAGACGCAACCGAGUGUUUCGACCUGCACUUGGUUGCUGGUAAAUGAAGCAGUCCUGAGAUCAUAACCACAACAAAUUAGUACCAAUUAUUAUCAAAACAUAUUAGUGUGCCAUUUAUCAAUCGCAUAUCAUCCUGCUCUUGAUCAAGCUGGCUGUUUUGCUUAUGCUGAAUUGGAUGUCCGGCAUUUGUUUGAUAUUACGUCGCAGUGGAAGUUUCUUGAUUUAGUGGAACUUGUGAUUUAGAAGAUUUGGUUUGUUAAUAAUGAUCUAUAGGCACGUAAAGAAUUUUCUUCACGGUGCGAAGUAUCACCGUAUACCCAAGAGACAUGGAGCUGUCCACUUGCAUUUGAUGCUAUGUCAUUGUUACUCGACAGAAUCACAGGAAGAAGCUUUGUCUUUUAAAUGGUACGAGAAAGCAUACCCAACUAUAACAAAAUUGACCCAUCAGUUACAAAGUGUGGACUCCAUUGACGGGAAGCUAGUGAAUGUCAAUGAUGGUUCGAUCAUUAUCGAUGAUCGAAUUGCGCACAAGAUGCUUACUUUGAAGUCACUUGUAAGGGUCUUUAUUGGAUCCCCAGUGGUUCAGCGUAAUCUUAGGGAAAGUAUAAAGGACUUGUCAGCUAAUCUGAAAUGCAAGCCAGUUGCUUUCUUUAGUAAAUCAAGUGAAAGAGAGCCUAUGAUUGUAAAUUCACUCACCAAAAUUAGCAAUUUUCUUAAUGUUUCUGCUCAGCAAAGGAAGGUGGUUCGCCAUACAAUAUGCCCGCAGGUAACUCAGCAUCGGAUAUGGAAAGGUGCUCUUGAGGAGAUAUUGAAUGAUCUCAAGUUAGAGAUGGACUCAUUAUGCUAUGAAUAUUCAGGCAAAGGGAAUAACAUGGGCCAGCAGAUAGUUUCUAGCUGUUUAAAGUUCUUAGCUGAUGCUGACAAUUCAGAUCAUGACUGCACUUCAUGGAUGAAGAUUGGAACCUCUAAAGGUGUCGACUCUUUUGGUUCAGGUACAUGGGAAGAUCUGCUUGAGAUGUUCAGUGAUCUCAUUGGGUGUUUGCAAAGUCAGAAUGGACUACUUUGUCAUGUUGCAAAGCUUGAGGUCAUGAAGGAAGGGUUGUACCAGAUCAAGGAUGUGUUGGUUGAUAAGGGUAUUGGUUACAAGGAGGUUCGACAUCAAGAAAACCUGGUGCGGAAGAAGCUCUCCAAGACACUGGGUCACUCUUCACGUUGUUUAUUCACACUUUUGUCCUAUUACCUCUAUGGAUAUGUUAGGGACAUGGAAGUUGAUAUAUGUGGGGGAAUUUACGUUGGUGAUAAUGGAACCAGGUUCUGCUUGUACAUGGGGAGGAUUUUGACUUCGGAUGAGGAGAAAAUUGUUAGGAGUGGGGUCAAGCAGUUGGACAGGGCCCUUGGGCUAUUCAAGUUUGUAUGGGACGCAGCAGGGAUGCAAGGUGUUUUGGAACUGCAAGGCCAUCUAUGGUGUGUGGGGGCCAAGAAUAGGAUGCUCACAUAUAGAGGAACCUUAUUUUUUGUACAUGGUUUCGGUCUAUGACAGAAAUUGCAUUGAAGAACCAAAACAGUUGUAACUUUCAUAUUUCAUAAAGAAGUUUGAUCAUAUUAGUGCUGAUGCAGGUUCUAAUGCUGAUUUAAGUACUGGGUGGACGCUGCAAAAUAUUGCAACUUAGCAAGUAGCUUUUUCCUGAUUAUUGCCGAGUAUAUUCUACAUGGCAACAAUUGCGUAGGAAAAGUAUAAUAAACAAGCAUUAGAAAGAAACGAACUUGUGACGGAAGGAAUGGAUGCAUAAUGGGCGACAAAAAUUGACAUAAAGGAAACGAUUGUUACACGACUUGAAUUCAAUAUGAGAGCAAUUGAAAUGAUACAACUAGUUGGCCUGUUGUUGGGUUCCUGGCUCUUUAAUGGUAAUUUACCUAGCAUCCAACCUCAGCUUAGUUCAUGAAGAGUGUGACAAAGUAGCAGAAGGCAGAAAAUAGUAGAGAAAGGA